GCAUGCGCACUGCAUUGUUCAAAAGAAAAGACAGUAGAACACAAAACAGCGUUCUGCUUUCUUGUAGCUGACCUUCUAUAAGGGUUAGCUUUAAUUCCCGAGUUGUGUGUUGGUUUUUUUUAUUUAGUUACAUUCGUACGCUCAAACCAUAACAAUCACAAGAGAGCUGUUCGCUUAGCUCUGUUGGAUUAAACACAAAAUGGCGACAGUGGACGACUCCCGAUUCUACAGUGAACAUGAUGAUCGUGUCGGACCCAAGCAUCGCAGGAAAGGCAGAGGACCUUUCAGAGCACCGCUGUACAGUGACCAGAUCUCGAAGCAGAGACAUCGUGGAGGCCAAGGAGGAGGAGGUGGUGGUGCUGGGGCUGGCCCCAGAUCCAGAUUUGAGGAUGAAGAUGGUGAUGUCUCGAUGACUGAGGACUCUCAUGACGGGGGAUCGCAACGGAGAUUCAAUCCUUAUGGGCGGCCCCAAAAUCGACGUAAUGGUCGAAGAGGAGGAAAAGAUGCCAGGGGAGAUGGUGGCAACCACAGGGGACGAGGGAAUAGAGGCGGCGGAGGUGGAGGAGGCAGUGGAAAUGCAGCCGACGGAGGCGGAGGCCGUAAGAAUUGGUUCAAGAUGACUAUUCCCCAUGGGAAAAAAUAUGAAAAGCAAUGGCUUCUCUCUGCACUACAGAGCAUCUGCUCGAUGCCGUUUCAUGCCAUCCAGUAUCAUGUAGAAGGAAACCGAGCACAGUUCUACAUCGAUGAUUCAACUACAGCAUAUGCUUUGGCCAAAGUGUCCAGAAAAAUCACAGACAAAGAUGGAUAUAAGGUGGCAGUGGUGAUGAAUGCGUGCCAACCUCCGAGCUUACCCCAACAGGACCUAAAGCUAGAGCACCUGGAGCACUUGAAGCAAUGCAUGUCCAAGCGCUUUGACGGUUCGCAACAAGCCCUUGAUUUGAACAAUAUCAGAGUUGACCCAGAUUUGGUUUCCUUGAACAUUGAGGUGGCACUUAGCAGGAAAAACUCCAUGCAGGCAGUCAUUAAGAUCAUUGAGGAGAACAUCCCUGAGCUGGUUUGUUUAAACCUAAGCAACAACCGAUUGUACAAGCUCGAUGACCUCUCUGAACUUGUCGGAAAAGUCCCAAAUCUGAAGAUUCUGAACCUCUCGCACAACGAGAUAAGGUCGGAGAGAGAGUUAGACAAGCUGAAGGGGCUGAGAUUGGUGGAGUUGUCGCUGCAGAGGAACCCUUUCUGUGAUCACUUUCAUGACCAGGCUGAGUACAUUAGUGCCAUACGGGAGAGGUUCCCCAGACUGCUCAAACUGGAUGGACAUGAUCUUCCUCCUCCCAUUGGUUUUGACCUGGAAGUUGCCCCGGCUGUUCUUCCUCCAUGCAAGCCCAGUUACUUUGGCUCAGAAGAACUGAAAGGCCUCAUCACUUGCUUCCUGCAACAGUAUUACGCUAUAUACGACUCGGCAGACAGACAGCCUCUGCUUGAUGCUUAUCAUGAUGGAGCAAUGUUCUCGCUUAUUAUCCCGUUCUCCAUGCAGAACCCUUCCAGAAGCAGUUUGGGAGAGUACCAGAAGGACAAUCGUAACAUCAAGAGAGUGAAAGAUUCCACUACAAGGUUUCGCUUGCUGAAGCACACACGGUUAAACGUGGUCGCCUUUCUGAACGAGCUACCCAAGACCCAGCAUGACAUUGCCUCGUUUAAUGUCGAUGUCAACAUCUACACUAACACGUUACUGGCAUUCACAGUCAGUGGAGUGUUUAAAGAAGUGGAUGGCAACUCUCGUGACUCAUAUAGAGCUUUCUCUCGCGUGUUUAUUGCUGUGUCCCCUGGAAAUGGAACCAUGUGCAUUGUGAACGAUGAAAUGUUUGUCCGAAACGCUACGACGGAGGAGAUUCGGCGGGCGUUUGUUGCACCGGCCCCGACCCCUUCCAGCAGCCCUGUGCCCACGCUGUCUGCCACCCAACAGGAAAUGCUCUCUGCGUUCUCCCAGCAGUCAGGCAUGAAUCUGGAGUGGUCUCAGAAGUGCCUGCAAGACAAUGAUUGGAAUUUUGAACGGGCCGGUCAGAUUUUCACAGAGUUGAAGGCCCAGGGGAAGAUCCCAGAUGUCGCUUUCAUAAAGUGAAAAAAAUUUUUUUUUUUUUUUAAUUGAUCAUAUUUUGUCUGAGCUGUAGCCUACUGCUUGGAUUUGUGUUUGUAGCUGAUGUAAUUAUUGUUGAUUAAGUUUCAUUGUUUUACGGUGUUCUCUACAAUAUUUACCAGCUACUUAUUCUGUACAGAAAUGUAGAAUAUACAUUUUCUUCUGUUGUAAACUUUAUGAAUGUUGUUUUGAUUUUGAUUAAACUUUGAGUCAGUCAUGUUUUAUAGUCAUCAAGAAUGCAAAAGUUGUUUUAUUGUGUAGAUAAGUGACAGUAUUGUGCAGCAUUUCAGCUUAAUACAUGAAGUUCACAUUGUGCGUUGAUGUCUUACUGAACUGUAUAACACCUUGAAUUACUGCUGUGCUUACACUGCCAUCAGUCACAGUAAGAAUGUAGAAGCUGGUACAGUUAGAGUAUGUUGGAGGCCAAGCUGCAGCUGAGACCGGUACCAUCGGGUUCCACGUUGAGCUUCUUCACCACACCGUCCUCAACAACCAUUGCGUAUCUACACAAGACAUGGCAAUUUUACAAAAUGUUAUCUUAAAAAAAAGUGCCAAAUCUAAGAACCAGGUAAUAAUCAAAAGGGCUGGAGAACAUGCAUCUUUGUGGUCAGUCAUCCAAAACUUGUUUUAAUGAUGCUGUUAAUUCCAUUGCAGCUUCACACAAAAGUGACUUUUAAAAAAAAAAAAAAUUCAGUGAGUGAUUAUUAAAACUAGGUUUUUCUUCCA